GAGCAGUGAAUGUGGACUGACGCAUCACUGUCGGUCAGGUAGCUGUCAAAGCAAGACAUUCCUCGUUGUCGCGGCCGGGAAAACCGGACUAACAGCUGGCAGCAGCUGCAGUUGCGCUGGAUGGCGGCAUAGUCCGCGUGGAGCGGGUGUCGCCACUAACUUCGACGUCAUGUUGUAACCGGCCAUCGUCUCCAAGUCUGACUCAUCUCGAUAUCAUCUUGACUCCUUUUGUCUCUCUAUGAACUUGCAAAGAUCUUUGCAGAGAAUCAUACAACAAACUUCAAGACCACUUGUCAAACCAUCUAUCGCUACGACACCAUUCAGAAUGUCGUCCACCGCUACUGAUGUCGGAACUUACAAGUUCAAUCACACCAUGUUCAGGAUCAAGGACCCUAAAGUCUCUAUCCCAUGGUAUGAAAAGGUCCUCGGUAUGGAGUUGAUCAAUGAGAGCCCCGGUGGGGAUUUCACAAACUACUUCCUCGCCUACCCCUCGGGUCAGUCAGACAAGGUCAAAUCCCAGGAAGACAAGAAAAAGUUCCAGGCUGAGCGAGAAGGAGUCCUCGAGCUCUGCCACAACUGGGGAACUGAGAGCGAUUCCGAAUUUAAGGGGUACGCCAAUGGAAAUUCUGAGCCUGGGAGAGGAUUCGGACACAUCUGUGUCGCGGUGGACAACCUUGAGGCAGCUUGCAAGCGAUUCGACGAGCUAGGUGUGAACUUCAAGAAGAGGCCCGAGGAGGGCAAGAUGAGGCACAUUGCUUUCAUCCUCGACCCCGAUGGUUACUGGGUGGAGAUCAUCGCUUUCAAGCGAGGCUAAGUGGAACAGUAGCAAAGUCAGUCUUCCAGGGUUGACUCAGUCUAGUCAAGCCAAGUCAGCAGUAUGCAAUAAGUCGAUCGCCGUGU